CAAGGUGCUCUGCAUCUCAAAACCCUAAGGAAACCCAUCCGAUUCUCACAGCUCGCCCUGUACAUUUCUCGAAGGCGCAUCAAUGGCGGACUCCGUCGUGUCGCUCGACAAGCUCAAGGCCUUCUGGCGCUCCCAGGUCCACGACGACGCCAACUGGGCCUCCAACAUGAACUUGCUGCGAGCAGUGGGGUUGUUUGCAGGCUCAAUCAUCCUUAUGCGGCAAUGUGGUGAUCUCAUGGCAGUAUGAGGGUGGAUAAAUGCUGGUGAUCAACUUGGUGAACAGAAAAGCUCAUUCAUUUCGUAUUUCAAAUUGUCUUUAAACGCAGUUGCAACAGGCAAAUGACUAUAUGCCCUGUGUAGUGGAUCAAAUUACGCUUGUUCGGAUAGAUCUACACAGCUGCUUUUGCUGACUUGGUUAUGGUUUGGCCUGAACUUUGAUCUUGCAACUUCUGCUGCUGUGCGGGGUGAAAGUGGGUUUCGAAUUUUCAUACGGGGAAAUGUCGAAUGUUUGCUAGGUGGUCUGGCGCUUAUCUAUGUGAAAGUCUUCAUUGGUGCUUCCAAUUUUGUUGAUUUGAAAAA